GCCGCCGGCUCCCGGGGUGGCAGGAGCAGGGGCGCCGCGCUGGCCCCGCCCCAGCCCUCGGAGGAAAGGGGAUCGCUCCCUGCCCGGUGGGAGGGGUCGCAGCCCGCGCCCCCCCGCCCCACUGCGGGCCCCGGGUUAAAUGCGGCCGCCGCCUCCGCUCGCUCCAGCCGCCUAGCAGUCCCCGGCUUGGGCACGGUGCCUGCGCCGUUACCUGGUCCAAUUGCCGGGGAGGCUCCGCCCGUCGGCUCCGCUCUGCGGCCGCGCCUCCGAGCUGUCGGGCAGGCUCAGGCUCUGACACUUCUGUCCUCUGUCCCCCAAGCGCCAUGAGGGGCCUUCUGUGCUGGCCACUGCCCGUGUUGCUGUUUCUCCUCCAGCCCUGGGAAACCCUGUCCCAGUUUGCAGGUCCCAGGUGUCGGACGGGGCCCCUGGAUUUGGUGUUCGUGAUUGACAGCUCGCGCAGCGUGCGCCCCUUUGAGUUCGAGACCAUGCGGCAGUUCCUGGUGGGCCUCCUCCGCGGCCUGGACGUGGGGCCCAAUGCCACGCGCGUCGGCGUGAUCCAGUACUCGAGUCAAGUGCAGAGCGUCUUCCCGCUCGGCGCCUUCUCCCGCCGAGAGGAUAUGGAGCGCGCCAUCCGCGCGCUGGUGCCGCUAGCCCAGGGCACCAUGACCGGGCUGGCGAUCCAGUACGCCAUGAACGUGGCCUUCAGCGUGGCCGAGGGCGCGCGCCCUCCGGAGGCCCGCGUGCCGCGCAUCGCUGUCAUCGUGACGGAUGGGCGGCCCCAGGACCGCGUGGCUGAGGUGGCGGCGCAGGCGCGCGCCCGCGGCAUCGAGAUCUACGCCGUGGGGGUGCAGCGCGCCGACGUGGGCUCCCUGCGCGCCAUGGCGUCUCCCCCGCUGGACGAGCACGUCUUCCUCGUUGAGUCCUUCAAUCUCAUCCAGGAGUUUGGCCAGCAGUUCCGGGGGCGGCUGUGUGGAAAGGACUUGUGUGCUGAGGGACGACACGGCUGCCAGCACCAAUGUGUCAGCACCCCAGGCACGUUCCGCUGUGCCUGCAAUCCUGGCUACCAGCUAGCUGAAGAUAACAAGAGCUGUUUGGCCAUUGACCUGUGCACUGGAGGGACCCAUGGCUGUGAGCACCACUGCAUCAGCUCCCCAGGCUCCUAUUUCUGUCGCUGCCGAGCUGGCUUUGUACUCCAGCAGGACCAGAGAAGCUGCAGGGCCAUUGACCACUGCGGCUUUGGGAACCACAGCUGCCAGCAUGAGUGUGUCAGCACCUUUGGUGGGCCACGGUGCCGCUGCAGAGAGGGCCACGACUUGCUGCCGGAUGGGAGGAGCUGUCAGGCCCGGGACCUUUGCAAUGGUGUAGACCAUGGUUGUGAGUUCCAGUGUGUGAGUGAGGGCCUCUCUUACCGCUGCCUGUGCCCUGAGGGCCAGCAACUCCAGGCAGAUGGCAAAAGCUGCAACCAUGGGUGCCGGGAAGGCCACGUGGACCUGGUUCUGCUCGUCGAUGGCUCCAAGAGCGUGCGCCCGCAGAAUUUCGAGCUGGUGAAACGCUUUGUGAACCAGAUCGUGGACUUCCUGGACGUGUCCCCCGAGGGCACGCGCGUGGGACUGGUGCAGUUCUCGAGCCGCGUGCGCACCGAGUUCCCGCUGGGCCGCUACGGCACCGCGGCCGAGGUCAAGCAGGCGGUCCUGGCCGUGGAAUACAUGGAGCGUGGGACCAUGACAGGGCUGGCGCUGCGCCACAUGGUGGAGCAUAGCUUCUCCGAGGCGCAGGGCGCACGGCCCCGCGCCCUCAAUGUGCCUCGCGUGGGCCUGGUCUUCACAGACGGCCGCUCCCAGGAUGACAUCUCGGUGUGGGCAAGGCGCGCCAAGGAGGAAGGCAUCGUCAUGUACGCCGUGGGCGUGGGCAAGGCGGUGGAGGAGGAGCUGCGCCAAAUCGCCUCCGAGCCCGCGGAGCUGCACGUGUCCUACUCCCCCGACUUUGGCACCAUGACGCACCUGCUGGAGAACCUCAGAGGCAGUAUCUGCCCGGAGGAGGGCAUCGGCGCGGGUACAGAGCUUCGGAGCCUGUGCGAAUGCGAAAGCCUCGUGGAGUUCCAGGGCCGCACGCUGGGGGCGCUCGAGAAGCUGACCCAGAACCUGGCCCAGCUGACGGCGCGCCUGGAGGAUCUGGAGAACCAGCUGGCCACCCAGAAGUGAGGGCCGCCGGUGGCCGGGAGCCGGGCAGGGGCGCGGCCCCGCGGACUGUGCCCUGCGUGCGCCGUCGGGGCGCCAGGGCUGCGCAGCCUCGGGGCCCCGGGGCCUUGGGCUGUCGAGGAGGGGGCGCUGGCGGGCUCCCAGCGCUGCGCUCGAGCUGGCCUCGCCUGGACGAGAAGCCGAUUGCAGGAGACGGAGGGGCGCGCGAGGUCCGCACGCCCUCGCUGCGUGCUGCGCUCGGUUCUUUGUUGGAUUUCCUUUUUGUUUUCUUUUUCUUAAAAAAAAAAUUUUUUUUUGGUUUCCACCGGAUCGGUUUGUGGGUCUUGCUGUGCCGCCAGGGGGAGGGGAGGCCAGACUCCGCGCGCUCCGACGGCGCCGGGCUGCGUCUCCUCGGAGAAAGGCGCAUUGUGCGGGGGUCGGGCCGGGGGGCAGGGGGCCCGGUGCUGCUUCCCCCGCUUGUUUAUUCAGCCGCGAACAGACGGCUCCUUAUGCGGGCUGCGGGAAGGGAGGGGGCUCAGCGCGAACCCUCGGGGUCUGAGCAAGUCUGCGCCCCUCCAUCCCCCAGCGGAUAGAUGUGUUUCGCUUGGGUUGUAUCUCCCGCCUGUACUACGAAGGAAGAAGAGGAGGUGUGAGCCAGGACUUGUGGCCAGAGCUUCCACUCAGGCUGUGACCCACUCUCUGCACCCCCUCCCCCUAAAAAACAAAAAAAUCCCAAAAAACCCAAACCAACCGUCUAUCAGGCAGGAGCACAAAGCAUGCUAUUUCCCAAGUGCAUGUAAGAAACUAAGAUUAAAAUAAUCCAGCCCUCCAAA